GCCUCCCCUCCAGUCUUGCACAGGUGUACCGGCUCCUCCUCUUCAGUCUUGCACAGGUGUACCGGCUCCUCCCCUUCAGUCUUGCACAGGUGUAUUGGCUCCUCCCCUCCAGUCUUGCACAGGUGUACCGGCUCCUCCCCUUCAGUCUUGCACAGGCGUACCAGCUCCUCCCCUUCAGUCUUGCACAGGCGUACCAGCUCCUCCCCUCCAGUCUUGCACAGGUGUACCAGCUCCUCCCCUUCAGUCUUGCACAGGUGUACCGGCUCCUCCCUUUCAGUCUUGCACAGGUGUACCGGCUCCUCCCCUUCAGUCUUGCACAGGUGUACCGGCUCCUCCCUCCAGUCUUGCACAGGUGUACCGGCUCCUCCCUCCAGUCUUGCACAGGUGUACCAGCUCCUCCCCUUCAGUCUUGCACAGGAGUGCCCACUCCUCCAGAUUGACACCCACCCAUCAAGACAUUUUAAUAUUUGCAUAACUCCACCCCAGAUCCGGCCCACUGCUUGCACCGUGACUAGCGCU